CUCCCAUUCAUUAUUGACCAAUCAAAUUAUACCUACUGUUAUAAAAUAUUACAGACGCCGUCUGUUUGAUGAGACUCGUGAAUUUCCAGUGCUGCUAGAGUGCCGGGGCUGUGCUAUGGUUGCCCAUUGCUUUGCUGUAACUUUUCAUACAUUUCAUUGCUUCUAAAUAAAUACUUGAUUGAACCAAACCAAGACCAGCUCUUCUAAUAUUUUGGAUAAACAAACACGCGUAGACUGACAUACAAUAUAUCCAGCUGCAAUGGCACUAUGCAGAGGAAUCCUGUGGACCCUUAUAUUUCUUGGAUCGAUUUUUCUCAUCAUGUCCGUUUACGGAUGGGACAGGUUCCAUCAAAAAAAAGCUGAAAGGAUGCAUAACUUACAGGAAGGGAAAAAACAGCUGAUAAAAGAAAUCUGUGAAAAUGACAAAGAGGCCAUUUCUAAGGGGAAACGCAGUCUUGAAGACUUGAGUGACAGUGAGCUGAAGAACUUCAUUGUGGAUGACAAGCACGGCAUCAUCUACUGUUACAUUCCCAAGGUUGCAUGUACCAACUUGAAGAGGGUGAUGUAUGUACUGAAACAUGGGGAGCCAUACCAGGACCCUAGUUCCAUAUAUGAUCAGUACGUUCAUGGCUUUGGCAACUUACGUCUUUUGAGCAGCUACCCAAGAAUAGAGAGGAAGGCAAAGCUGAAGCACUACACCAAAUUCCUGUUUGUACGGGACCCGUUCGUCCGUCUCAUCUCCGCCUUCCGAGACAAAUUCGAAGAUUCGAAGAACGACUUCUACUAUAAGCCCCUCAGCCAACACAUCCAGCGUCUCUACGACCACACGCCUUAUCCACCACGCAUUACCUUUUACAACUUUAUUCAAUAUCUUCUGGACCCACAGACUGAGCAGAAUCUGCCCUUUGAUCCUCACUGGAGGCAGAUGCACCGUCUUUGCCACCCCUGCCUCAUACAGUAUGAUUUCAUUGGCCAUCAGGAGACUCUACAGGAGGAUGCUGAACAGCUACUGAACACCUUAAAGCUGCAGAACGACAUUAAGUUCCCUCCUUCCUAUGUCAACAUUACAACUCCUGAGUAUUUGUCAGGCUGGUUCAGAAAAGUGCCUCUAGUGGAAAGGAUGAAGCUGUACAAGCUCUAUGAAACUGACUUUAAGCUGUUUGGCUACAGAAAGCCAGAUGAAUUGCUUGAUGGUUGAGAGGAAGUCAUGAGAACAGCCAAGAGCAGACAAUCGUUUUUUGUAUGAAGCGAAAACCAAUGAAAGUAACUUAAUAAAAGAAGCAAAACAAAAGACUGUUUAAUUAAAGAAAAAGAGUUGCAGAGAAAAUCUUUCCCAGCUGGAGAAGAACAGAGCUCUCAUACCUGGAGUGUAUCAGGAGGCCUGACCGCAAACAUACAAAGAGAAUACAUCAUAACAUAAAGUCCUCUUUAUAAUAUUCCUGUGAGUAACUGAUGGUGAAAUGUUCGCUCUGCUUGAAGUGAAAACCUCUUUUCUCAGAGUGUCAUUCUGUUUUAGAUAGGAAUCUGAACUAGGCGCACAGAGUACCGUACAGUCUGUGUAUCUUCUACUAAAAAUAAAGUUGGUUGAAAUUAAA